AUGGGUUCCUCCAAGAUUACCAAGAAGACAACCAAGGUUGACAAGAAGACCAAGGUCUCAAAGAAGGCUGCUCAAAAGGAAGAGUCAUCUAGCUCCAGCUCCAGCUCCAGCUCCAGCAGCUCUGAAAGCAGCAGCUCUGAUUCUUCAUCUUCUGACUCUUCUUCCGAUGAAGAGGAGGAAGUUGUCGAAGAAAAGAAGGUUGUCGUUGAGGAAGAAAAGAAGGAAGACUCCUCUGAUAGCUCUGACAGCUCAUCUGAUUCAUCAUCUUCAUCUGAUGAGGAAGAAGAAGAGGAGAAGGUUGAGGAAGAGUCCAAUGACAAGAAGAGAAAGGCUGAUGCCGAAGAAGAACAAGAGGCCUCUCCCGCCAAGGUUGCCAAGACCGAGUCCGAGGGUACUUUUACUGUCUGGUGUGGUGGUAUUAGUUGGGAAGCUACCGAUGCUGAUGUCAAGGAGUUUUUCAGUCAAUGUGGUGAGAUCUCUGAUGUCAGAAUCAGAUUAGACAAUGCCACUGGUAAGAACAAGGGUUUCUGUCAUAUCGAUUUCACUACCAAGGCUGCUCAUGAUGCCGCCCUUGCUCUCAGCAACUCUGAAUUCAUGGGUCGUACUAUUCGUUUGGACAGUGCUGGCGAUGGAUCCAACCGUCAAAGAACCAAGGAUGAAAACUAUGGUCCCAAGUCUACCAAGGUCUUUGUUGCUAACCUCAACCGUGAUUAUGAUGAAGAUUCUCACCGUGCUGCCCUCACCGAGGCUUUCAGUAAGUUUGGUACCUUGGUUGGUGAUAUUAGACUUCCUUUCAACAGAGAAGAUGGCUCUCUCAGAGGUAUUGGUUAUCUUGAAUUCGAAACUGCUGAGCAAGCUGAUGCUGCUGUCAAGGGUAUGAAUGGUGUCGAGGUUAACGGCCGUCCUCUCCGUACUGAUUUCUCUGGUGCUGAUGACCGUGAACGUGUUGGUCGUGGUGGUUUCCGUGGUGGUCGUGGCGGUGGACGUGGUGACUUCCGUGGUGGUCGCGGUGGACGUGGUCGUGGUGGCCGUGGCGACUUCCGUGGUGGCCGUGGUGGUCGUGGUAGAUUCUAA